AGACAUCUAGUAUAUGUGAAAAUCAAACACCACCCAAAGAAGAAAAUCAAUUUUUUUAAUCCCAUGGUCAUGUGCAUCUCUUGAUUUCCCACACCUAUAAAACCUUCAAUUUAUUUACAACACUAUUACAUUAACUCCACAUACCAAAAUACAAGCUCAAAAUGAAGACCAACCAACUUUUCCUUCCCUUCCUCCUCUUAGCCAUCUCUUGUAACUCUUUCCUCUCCUCAGCUGCCGAAUCCCCUCCGGAAGUAGUCGACACUGACGGAAAAAUACUCCGGACAGGCGUCGAUUACUAUAUUUUACCGGUAGUACGUGGCAGAGGUGGUGGACUCACCAUAGACAGUGUUGGCAAUAAAACUUGUCCACUUGAUGCUGUUGUCCAAGAACAACAAGAGAUCAAUCAAGGUCUCCCAUUGACAUUCACACCCUUUAAUCCAAAAAAAGGCGUGAUUCGCGAAUCGACUGAUUUAAACAUCAUAUUUUCGGCAAAUUCUAUAUGUGUUCAGACAACACAAUGGAAGCUAGAUGACUUUGAUGAAACAACAGGGAAAUACUUUAUUACGCUUGGUGGAAAUCAAGGAAAUCCUGGUAGGGAAACUAUAAGUAAUUGGUUCAAGAUUGAUAAAUUCGAACGCGAUUAUAAGCUGAGAUAUUGUCCUACAGUAUGUGAUUUCUGCAAAGUCAUUUGUCAAGAUAUUGGCAUAUUCAUUCAGGAUGGAGUAAGACGUUUGGCUUUGAGUGAUGUCCCAUUUAAGGUCAUGUUUAAGAAGGCUUAGAGGCUAAUUAACUCGUCAAGAAACAAAAAUGACAAAAGUAGCAAAGUACUCUUUACUAAUUUAUUUGAAUAAUGUCUGAUAUUGUGAUUAAAUGUAGUUGUAAUAUGAUAAGAGAAGCAUGAGCUUCCAAAGUUAAAGAAUAAACAAGUUAUAAAUUUCAUGCAUUGUACUCUUUUGAUAAAUAAGAGAAGAAUG